AUGGGCAUCUUUGCUAAGCGCACAAAGUGCAAGACCAGGCGUCGUCUGAGAGAUGUCGAUCAGGUCCAGAAGGAUUUGAUCAAUGCCAGACACUUGGAGCUUUACAAGGAGACCAAGGCCGUGGAGGACCUGCCUGGUCUGGGCAGACACUACUGCGUCGAAUGCGCCAAGUGGUUCGAUAUGGAAUCGACUCUUGUCAAGCACACCAAGGGCAAGCCUCACAAGAGGAGGUUGAAGGAGCUCAAGGAGGGUCCCUACACCCACAAGGAGGCCGAUGCUGCCGUGGGCCUUUGGACAGACAAUGGUCGUCCACGGAACACGACCACUGAGAUUGAUAUGAUGUGA